AUGUCCAACAAGAUCCUCUUCGUCUUCACCUCUGUCAACAAGACCCUCACGGGCGAGCCUACCGGCUGGUACCUCCCCGAGGCCGCGCACCCCUACUACGUCCUCGCCCCGCACUUUGACAUCGACUUCGCCGCGCCCGCAGGCCCGAACCCGCCGCUCGACCCCGUCAGCAAGGAGAUGUUCCAGGACGAGGAGAGCCAGAAGUUCCUCACGGACAAGGUCCCGCAGGAGAAGCUCGCGAACGCGAAGAAGCUCGCCGACGUGAACCCGGACGACUACGCGGCCGUGUUCUACGUCGGCGGCCAUGGACCCGUCAUCGACCUCGCCACGGAUCCGACGAACGUGAAAUUGGCGAGCAAGUUCUGGCAGCAGGGCAAGAUUGUCUCCGCCGUCUGCCACGGCCCCGCCGCGCUCGUCGGCGCCACCGACGCGUCCGGCCAAUCCAUCUUCAAGGGCCGCCGCGCGACGUGCUUCACCUACGACGAGGAGCUGCAGGUCAAGAAGGUCGACUCCAUCCCCUUCCAGCCCGAGCACAAGAUCGUCGAGCUGGGAGGGAAGUUCGAGAAGACCGAACCGUGGGGCGUCAAGGUCGUCGCGGACGGCCAGCUCUACACCGGUCAGAACCCCGCGUCGGCGGGCCCGCUCGGGCAGGAGUUGUUGAAGGCGCUGAAGAAGUAA